AAACAAACAAUGGCCAAGACAUCCAUGAAGAUCAUUUUACUGCCUUGGAGUUGGGAGAGACACAAGUGAAGAGCGAAAGAGCCAAAAUGGAUCCAGUUAAAAUUGCGCUUCUUCUCUUCUCGGCAUUUCUCAUACCGACCGAAAUCCUUACAUCCGACUCCAAGUCACAAAGACAUCACCACCGAUCCCUCACGAAUAUGAAACAAGGGAGACUCGAGAACACAAGAGGCGGCGGUGUCAACCCGCUUCCACUUAAGCAGCUCAGGGAAGAUCUGAUGGAGAAGUACGAGAAUCGCAUCAACCGCGUCCGGAGAGACUCUUCCGAGGAGCAUCUUCAGCCGGAGGAGGGCGAGAGCGAUGUUACCGGUACCGGGGGAGGCCAGGGGUCCUCUGUCGGGUCGAGCAUGGCGUACGGCGCAGGGUCUAGUUAUGGCUCGCAGAGCAUCAUCCGGCUAGACUUCGGUCUUCUCAGACUCAGAAAUGAUACAAACAGUGGCGCAUCUAGUGUCUGUUGCAAGUCUGUGCCGUAUAUCUCCGUGAUGCUGUCGGUACUGGUAAUUCUUGGUGUUGCCUGUUAGCGCCUGUUUCAUGAGGAUCCUGAGAACGACAGGCUUAAAGGGCCUUAACAUGAAUUUUACUUGGGCUCAUUAUUUUUGUGCAACUCUCUACUCCUCUUAAAAUGUAUGAUAACUAUUUGACAUC